AUUCUAUGUUUGACAAAUUAAAAUAUGGGCAUAUAUUUAAACAUCUAAAAAAUUAAAAACCAAACAAUAAAUAUGAGUAACGGAUUGGAUAAAACGCAAAUUGCUGCGGUUCUACAGAUCCUUAAGAAAUAUAAUUUGAAGGGUACUGAAGAGUUGCUUCGUAAGGAAGCAAACCUUAGUGGAGAAGUAGGGGACCAACAGGAUUCUGAUGUCAGCAGCGUCUUAACAGGUUACAAAAGCGAUGGAGAUCCAGAAACCUAUGAGGCUUCAUAUAUGGAACUGAAACGAUUUGUUGAAAAUUCUCUGGAUAUUUACAAACACGAAUUAGGCGUCAUUCUGUACCCUGUUCUGGUCCAUAUGUAUUUGGAAUUGGUAUAUAAUGGUCACACAGAAAAGGCAAUAAUGCUGAUGAACAAAUUUGGACCGGAACAGGAUACAUAUUAUCAAGAUGAUUUGAAGAAACUAGCAAUGGUUACAAAAAGAGAUCACAUGAAUGGAAAUGAGCUAACUGACACAUUUAAAUCAAAUCAGUUCAUUAUUAGAAUGUCCCGAGAUACAUUGUCACUGUUAAAACGGCACUUAAACGAUAAGAAAGCCUCAGUGCUAUUAAAUAUAAUUCAGGAACACCUAUAUUUUGAUAUGUAUGAAGGUGUUGCCAGAAAUAAGAGCCAAAUUGAUGCUACAUCUGGUGCAGUAGGAGGAGAAGCCAAAAGACAAGAUAACAAGGCAAAAGUAUAUUAUGGAAUCCCAAAAGCGCCUGAUAUUCAGAUAUUGGCAGCGCCAGUGGAAGACGAGGAAGAUCCUGGCGACCAAGAUAACCCUGAUAAGCCAAAGAAGAAAAAGUCACGAAAAGAUCCAUUGCUAUCAAAGAAGACAAAAUCAGAUCCCAAUGCUCCUCCUCCAGACAGAAUCCCCGUUCCAGAUCUAAAAGACAACGACAAAAUCGAGAAACUCAAAGCUUUGAGGGAGGCGUCAAAACGUAUUAAUUUGGGUCCCGAAAAUUUACCAUCAUGUUGUUGCUAUACACUUUUAAAUUCAAAUUAUAGUGUUUGUUGUGCAGAAAUCACUGAAGACUCUAGCAUGUUAGCAGUGGGUUUUAAUGAUUCCAUUAUAAAAAUAUGGACUUUAGUACCUCAGAAGUUAAAAGCAAUGAAAUCGGCUGAACAACUGCAGGACGUCAACAUUGAAGCGGAAGACGUUUUAGUCAGAAUGAUGGAUGAACGAUCUGGCGAGACUUCACGCACUCUUUGCGGACACAAUGGACCAGUUUAUUCUGUCUCUUUCUCGCCAGACCGUACUUUGUUACUAAGCUGCUCAGAGGACACAACUAUAAGGCUUUGGAGCCUUCAGAUUUGGUCAUGUUUAGUGGUAUAUAAAGGUCAUAUGUUUCCCGUGUGGGAUGUUAAGUUUUCGCCACUAGGAUAUUAUUUCGCUUCCGCAUCGUAUGAUAGAACAGCUAGACUGUGGGCCACUGACCAUUACCAACCGCUCAGGCUUUUUGCUGGGCAUUUUUCUGAUGUAGACUGCAUUCAGUUUCAUCCAAAUUCCAAUUAUAUAGCGACUGGUUCGAGCGAUAGACGAGUGUGCCUUUGGGACAUAACCACUGGACACCAUGUCCGUUUAAUGACAGGCCACAAGUCACCCAUACACGCUUUGGCUUUUAGCGUUUGCGGGCGUUUUCUGGCAUCCGCAGGAGCGGAUUGCCGGGUGCUAAUAUGGGAUUUAUCCCACGGGCAUUUGGUCGCCGAAUUGAUUGGCCACGGUAAAACCAUACACUGUUUAGCGUUCAGCAGAUGCGGAAACGUGUUGGUAUCGGGAGGUUUGGACUGUAUGGUGAAGUUGUGGAAUUUCACUAAGCUCACUGAAGAGACCAAUUCCGAAGACGUUAAUAUAUCACAUAAUCCAGACGUGAGGACAGGAGAUGAUUACCUUUUAAGAACAUUCCAGACUAAAAAUUCCCCUCUAAUAAGUUUGCACUUUACCAGGAGAAAUCUUAUGAUUGCGGUAGCGGUGUUUGACGGAGUUAUGACAUGAGA